UUUGAUAAAAUGACUGUAAAAGUGGGCAACGGCUCAAUAAUUGACACAAACCAUGAUCAAAUUAAUACAAUUGAUCAUAUUAAAAAGCCUGUAGUAUAUAAACGAGAAUUGGUAUGGCGAAAUAUAAUUCUGAUGGCAUUAUUACAUUCAUCGGCGGUCUAUGGCCUGUAUUUGGCUGUAUAUGCGGCUCAGUUCAAGACUAUUAUGUUUAUGAACUUCAUUGCUCUCGUCUCCUCAUUAGGCAUUCAAUGUGGCGCUCAUAGGCUUUGGUGUCACCGCACAUAUAAAGCCAAACUCCCGCUUCAGAUAAUACUAAUGAUAUUGCAAACAAUGGCCCUUCAAAACGAUAUCUAUGAGUGGAGUCGUGACCAUCGCCUGCACCACAAGUACAGCGACACUAACGCCGACCCACACAACUCCCGGCGCGGGUUCUUCUUCUCACACGUCGGUUGGCUUUUGUGUAAAAAACAUCCGGAAGUGAAGGAAAAGGGAAAGACUAUAGACAUGAGUGAUCUCCAAACCGACCCUUUGGUCAGAUUUCAGCGCGCAUUUUAUAUACCAUUAUUGGCACUGAUUUGGGCCGCAAUUCCCACUUUUAUACCCCAUUAUUAUUGGGGCGAAACCCUAUGGAACUCAUGGUUUGUAUGCGUUAUGCUCCGGUACUGCGGUGCAGUUAAUCUAACAUGGUGUGUUAAUAGUGCUGCACAUUUAUAUGGAAUGAAGCCGUACGACAAGAGUAUAGUUCCCGUUGAGGCAAAUAUGAGGCACUUUUUGGUGGGCGAAGGCUUUCAUAAUUAUCACCACACGGAUUACUCGGCCUCAGAGUUGGGAGCAAUCGAUACGUUCAAUCCGGCGACGGCUUUCAUAGACAUGUUUGCGGCCAUCGGUUGGGCCUAUGAUCUGAGAAAGGCAUCCAAUGAUGUGAUAAAGAGCCGACAGACCAGAUGUGGUGACAUUCACUAUACGUUCAGAUCACGACUUUCUGAGCAAAUCGUUGGUUCAUUUGUA